GCUAGAGAGCUGUUUUGGCAUUCAAUUCACAUUUUUCUUCACUCCGUCUGUCUGUUUGUCGGCUCUCCCGCUGGAUCUGGAGUUCUUCGGGACAUUUGAUCCUAAUCGACGUUAUUGUGAUUGAUCUAAAACAUUUGGUGGAUUCGUGAGGAACAAGAUGGUGGUACUCGCAGCUUCAAUUAUUUCUAAAACUGGGAAAGCACUUGUUUCAAGGCAAUUUGUGGAUAUGUCCCGUAUACGUAUUGAGGGAUAUCUUGCAGCUUUUCCAAAACUGGUUGGAUCAGGAAAACAACACACUUAUGUUGAGACUGAAAAUGUCCGCUAUGUGUAUCAACCAAUAGAGGCUUUGUUCUUGCUUCUUGUUACCAAUAAACAGAGCAAUAUUCUUGAAGACCUGGAGACACUGAGGCUGCUUUCAAAACUUGUGCCUGAAUACUCUUAUACACUUGAUGAAGACGGCAUUGGAAAGGCUGCAUUUGACAUUCUUUUUGCAUUUGAUGAAGUCAUUUCACUCGGACACAAAGAAAAUGUUACUAUUGCACAAGUCAAACAGUACUGUGAAAUGGAAAGUCAUGAAGAGAGAUUGCACAAGUUGGUCUUACAAAGCAAGAUCAAUGAAACCAAGGAUGUCAUGAAGCGAAAGGCUAGUGAGAUUGACAAAAAUAGGAUUGAUAAGAACAAGGGUGAGAAAGGAAAAUUAAUGUCCUUGCAGUCCAUGGGUUCUGGAAGAUUUGACACUGGAUUUGGAAGUGAUACCAGCAUAUCUAGGACCAACAGUGUUGGCGGCUAUGGAAGUAGUUCAGGCUUUGGGUUAUCUGAAAUGGAAUCCCUAUCCUCCAAGCCCAAAGGUAAUGCUCCAGCAUCUGCCUCAGCUCCACCUAAAGGUCUCGGUAUGAAGCUCGGAAAAUCUCAAAAGACCAACCAAUUUUUGGAAUCUUUGAAAGCUGAAGGUGAAGUAAUUGUUGAAGAUGUAAGACCAAGUGUUGGUCAAUCCAAACCAGUUGCGGCACCACUAAGUGACCCUGUUACUUUAGUAGUUGAAGAAAAAAUUAAUGUAACAUUGAAAAAAGAUGGUGGUGUCGGAAAUUUUGAUUUACAAGGCACCUUGUCACUCCAAAUACUUAAUCAAGAAGAUGGAUUCAUCCAAGUUGAGAUUGAAACCAGUGGAAACUCAGGGAUUCUAUUUAAAACACACCCCAACAUCAAUAAGGAGUUAUUUUCCGGAGAGAAUAUCUUAGGCCUCAAGGACCCAAAUCGCCCAUUUCCCGCUGGCCAGGGAGGUGAUGGUGUUAGUUUGUUGAAAUGGAGAAUGCAAACUGCAGACGAGUCCCUUGUACCAUUAUCAAUUAACUGCUGGCCUUCUGUUUCUGGAAAUGAAACAUAUGUGAACUUGGAGUAUGAAGCUUCAUCUAUGUUUAACCUGAAAAAUGUUGUGAUUUCGAUUCCUGUUCCAGCUCUAAAAGAGCCACCAAAAGUGGAGCAGGUAGAUGGGGAGUGGAGAUAUGAUCCAAGAAAGUCUGCCCUGGAGUGGUCUGUCAUACUCAUCGACAACUCUAAUCGCAGUGGAGCCAUGGAGUUCGUCGUUCCUGCCAUAGAUACAUCUAGUCUUUUCCCCAUUGUUGUUAGUUUUACAUCUGCAAGCACAUUCAGUGAUCUCAAGGUGACUAAUAUUGUGCCUCUGAAAGGUGAAAAUCCACCCAAGUUUUCACAGAGAACACUGCUAUCUACCGACCACUACCAAAUCGUUUGAUGCCAUGGCUGAGGUCUCCUGGGAAAUAAUAUUUAAGGGAUCGAUUGUCUUCUGCUCCAUUUUCAGGUCAGUAGUUACAAAUAUAACGAAAAUCUUGAAGAAAUAUAUACCUAUAAUCAACAACAUAGUUAUAUCAUACAUCAAAAUAGACCCUCAAAGUUUUUAAAAUUUAGUAGUGUUUCGUUUUAAAAAAAAAAAAAUUAAAAUCUUCAUCAUAGGUUGUUACCAUCAUCAUUUUAGGAGAAAGUUUCAUUGGAUUCUCCUAAGCCCCUAUGUUGGCAACAAUAAUCUAUUGAGGUUUUUUCACAUAGGGAAUUUUCCAGUAUUGUUUAAAUUGGUAAUCAUCUUCAUUGAAAGAACAAUCUCAUUUUAUUAGCUCUUUCCUAAUUUGAGAGAAAUAUAAUAGUUUUACUGUAUUAUUCCGACACAAAUAUACAUAUAUUUAUCAAUCUCUUUAUCACUAAUAUAUUUUCAAUAAAACAUAUUUAAAAACACUCAAAUAAUUUUUUUAAAAAUAAUUGUAAGUCAAAAAGUUUUUUCUUUUCCAUUCAAAACAACCAUUUUCCACAUAAAAUAUUA